AUGGAGGAGUUGAGCGCAGACGAGCUUGCUCUCUACCUGUUUGCUCUAAUUGAGUUUUAUAAAGGGGUGGCAUAUGGUAGUCAGAGCAGCGAGGGUUUGAGCUCCCUCUCCAGCUCCCCGUCCAACAGCCUUGAGACUCAGUCCCAGAGUCUGUCCCGAUCGCAGAGCAUGGACAUUGACACUGCUUCCUGUGAAAAGAGCAUGUCCCAGGUGGAUGUGGACUCAGGGAUAGAGAACAUGGAGGUGGACGACAGCGAUCGCAGGGAGAAGAGGAACUUGCCUGAAAAGGAACCUUCUGCAAACUCUGAUGUCUCAGAAGAACAGGCUCUGCAGCUCAUUUGUAAGAUCCUCCGCGUAUCGUGGAAGGAGCAGGAUCGAGAUGUCAUCUUUCUCCCUUCAAUAGCUGCAGAGUUCCACCAGAACCCUAAAGAUGUGUACUCUGAUUUCAAAGACCUGAUUGGCCAGAUCCUGAUGGAAGUCUUAAUGAUGUCCACCCAGUCGCGUGUCCACAACCCCUUCGCCAGCUUGACCGCCACCUCUCAGCCAAUUGCAGCAGCCAAAUCCCCGGACCACCGCCUGACGCUGGUGCAGCCCUCCAGCCAAGGUGGCAGCCCCAUGGGCCCCAGUGCAGGGUCGUUUGGAGCCAGCUCUCUGUCCAGUCUGUAUGGGUGUGGUAGUCCUCACUCGAUGGCAUUGGAUGCAGCCAAGAGGACCUCCCCGUCUCUCCCCUCCCCUACUGCACCCACUGUAGCCUCCAAUGCCUCCACCCCACAAUUCCUUGUACCCCCGAGCCCCCCCAAUGCCGCCACUCCACGACACACACUCAACCCUCCAACUGCCCCCAUGCCCAUUUCGCAACGCUAUCGCCCUUACUCUGUCACCUCUCCUUGGGGGGCUCCUUCCCCAUCUAGUCCUGGUCAAAGAGGGUUCAGCUUCCCUGGACCGUCUCCCAGCCCUGCAGGGCCCUCUGUUCCUCCGAACACCCCAGUUCCCGUGCCACCUCCCAGCCCUCAUUCCCUUUCCUUGAGCUCACCUAGAGUUCGCAACCAACCCUCCUCCACACCCCUUUACAUGGUGCCCCCUUCGCCCAGAUCGAAUACCCGACAGGCGGCCUUUGCUUCCAGGAUCCCACCGUCUAGGUAUCGCAUCCUCCAUUUGCAUGUCGUGGGCAGAGAGAUCAGUCACUAAAAUAUAACCUUUUUUUAUUACACCUCACAUUUGUUUGGUGUAAACAGGUUUUAUGCUAAAAUGAAUGCAGUCAUUUCUUAACUACACAAACAAUAAUGAACAAAGAAUGCCUGAAAUGUGAGCAAGUCUAAUAACAGCUAUUGUAUAAAAUAUAUGCAGUGCAUAUAUGCGGUAUAGUCAGUUACAAAUGGUAUUGAGGGAAUUCAUUGAAAUGAAAUGUCCCAGUCUCCAUAUUUUCAAUGCAUUUUCAAAAUACAUCUGGUGUGACAAUCAACAGUUAGUUUUGCUUGUCUCUAACGUGUAUUCAUUUAAAAGAUCUAAACCAUUUGCAAAUGACUAACAUUGGACAUAGGUUAACGUUGUCCUACUGUGCUAUGAAAUAAUGAGGUGAAUGAGAUGUGGCUUCUGCCUCUUUGAAUUGCAUUUUUCAAAACAAGUUUUAUGAGGGAUUCUGACUAUCAGUCCAGUUAUUGGUGGACACAUUUCUGUGUAGCCGAAGACAAAAUGGCAUUGAUGGCUAUUUCAAAAGCAGCACAAUAUAAAUAAAUAGUCUUGAAGCAGACAUAUAACCUUCCAGCAUCCAUUCCAUAGCGCUCACUUCUCCCUUGUCCUCUUUUCUCUGGACUUGUAAGCGUUCUACAUUUGUCUCGAUGUUUUUCACUUCCUCUUCGUCUGCACAACAGCCGUUUGUUCUUCCAACCUUUGUCCUUGUGUCUUUUCCUCGUCACGUUAGCCCCUUGUCGGUCCUGUUCUCUGCUCUCUCUGACAUGUCUCAGGACAGCAGUGAUGACGAUUCUGAGGAAGAGGAGGAUUU